ACUUGCAUGGAGCACUAUAUAUAUAGAAAAAUGUUCCACACACAUCACAGAUAGAUCUACUGAUCAAAUAAAUUUAAAAGACUAUUGGAAAAAAAAUACUAAAAGCAAAUGGGUUCUUUAAUGUCAGGAUGGGACUCUCCAACAAAGGAUCCCAACUCAGUGAGAAGGUGCAAGUCACUUACAAGAGAAGAAAUCGACGCUUUCUGGAAGACAAAGAAGAAGACUGAAGAGGAACAUGUUCAAGCCGUUUCCAAGUUGGUUACUGAGGAAGUUGCGGAAAGUCAAGGGAUAGAGGAUCCUUACGAAAACCAAAGCAAGAAGAGUGGAUGGUGGAGAAGAAGCAACUGGGCGUUCUUGAAUGAGCCAAGGGAGGAAGAGGGUCGACCCAAUAAUUACGUUCCGCAGUUCCAGGUGGCUCACAUCGCCAAAAUCGCGGGCUAAUUAAUAGCGCUACAGUCACCAGCUUGUCAGAAUUCACCUAGGUGAAUUGUGAUUUUAGUUUUCUUUUGGGGUGGUUUAAUUACCGGGCGGUCACAUGUUAUAUAAUAUAUAUGAUAUUGUGGUUACUUGUUGGCCGUAUUAGUAUCAGGAUGUGAGUAUAAAACAUGUAACAGGGGUGUGGGGUUUUAAAUUUUUUUUUUUCUCUUUUGUUAUGUGCCAUGUAUAUUUUUUUGGUUGUGUGGGUAAGGAAAGUAAUCUGAAAUGUGGAUUUGUACAUUUGUCGUAUGAGCUGGCUGCGUGGGUGCGUGGCCAUCUUCUGGUAGUAAUGAAAUGAACUCUCCUUUUUUUUUUUUGUUCAAACAUAAAUGAACUCUCCUUUUAUGUUA